GCAGCCCAGGGCAAGUGCUGGAUGGAGCGAGAGGUGUGAAGGGGUAGAGUUACUCCCUCCUUUUACACACAUACACACACGGCAGACCAGACUGGAAGCUGCCACCCUCUGCAUCUGACACAAAUAAGCGCAGUGGAGAAAGCUGCAGUCUGCGGAGAUAGGAUGCCUCUAGGAGAGAUGGACAAAACAUGGAAAAAGAAAGAGGAGAUUAAAGUGGCGUACGAGUUCAAGGAAGUCCUGGGAACAGGUGCAUUCUCUGAAGUGGUCCUGGCUGAGGAGAAACGAACCCAGAAACUGGUUGCCAUAAAGUGUAUUCCCAAGAAGGCUUUGGAGGGAAAAGAGAACAGCAUUGAAAAUGAAAUCGCUGUCCUUAGGAAAAUUAAACACCCAAACAUUGUGUCUCUGGAAGACAUUUACGAGAGCCCAACACACCUCUACUUGGUGAUGCAGCUUGUGUCUGGUGGUGAGCUCUUUGACAGGAUUGUGGACAAAGGCUUCUACACAGAGAAAGAUGCCAGCAUGUUGAUCCAGCAAAUCCUGGAUGCCGUAACGUAUCUGCAUGAACUGGGAAUCGUGCACAGAGACUUGAAGCCAGAGAAUCUGCUCUACUACAGCGUUGAUGAAGAUUCCAAAAUAAUGAUCAGUGAUUUUGGCCUGUCUAAAAUUGAGGGAACUGGGAGUGUGAUGUCAACAGCGUGUGGCACUCCAGGAUAUGUGGCUCCAGAGGUCCUAGCCCAGAAGCCCUACAGUAAAGCAGUCGAUUGCUGGUCUAUAGGAGUCAUCUCCUACAUUUUACUGUGUGGUUAUCCUCCAUUCUACGAUGAAAAUGAUGCAAAGCUCUUUGAACAGAUCCUGAAGGCUGAAUAUGAAUUUGAUUCUCCAUACUGGGAUGAUAUUUCUGACUCCGCCAAAGACUUUAUUCAGCAUCUAAUGGAGAAGGACCCAAAUAAACGUUACACAUGUGACCAAGCUUUGCAGCAUCCCUGGAUUGCUGGUGAUACCGCCUUAGAUAAGAACAUCCAUGAGUCAGUUAGUGCACAAAUCAAGAAGAACUUUGCAAAGAGUAAAUGGAAGCAAGCUUUCAAUGCCACAGCUGUUAUACGUCACAUGAGGAAACUGCAUUUGGGCACCAGCCAAGAAGGGUCAGUGCAGAACACACCAACCAGUCCAUGUGAUGGGACGCUUCUGGUACCAGGAGGGAAUUCAAACAAUGGUUCACCCUGCGAAGAGUUCCCUCUUUCUUCGUCUCCACAUUCUGCCGUACAAACGGAUCAAAACUUGCUGACCAACCAUUCUCACAGCUGCCAGUACAACCGAGUCUAAGUCCAGAUGGAGACCAUCGGUAUUCUGGUUAUUGAUGAUGUAGCCUGGGCUCAGAGGCAAUUUAAAUGCAACACUCAUUCCAUUCUCAGUACAUGUUACCUGAGAGCCUUGUGCUUGGGGGCUCCUUCUGAAUGCUCUUAAACCUUCCUGUUUGCCGGAAUGCCGACCUAAUAGAACUUCUACCUGUGAUAUGAUUAUUGCUUCUGGGUGUGAGCAAGCUGGUUGUACAAGUGACGUUCAGGGGUGGUGAGAAUUCGAUCUCAGGCUGUAUUUUAAAUUCCAUAUAUGGGAAAAAAAAUUAUAGAACAAGGUAAAAGUCAAAUCUAUGCGACAGCCUGAAAACUCGGACGCGAAUCUGAAUAUUUUAAAUGUUUUAAAUUUCCAAUUGAAAUUUUUUAAAAGUUGAAAGGAAGAAUCAAUAAGAAGAGUCUUUAUUGGCUCACUGAAAUCCAUGUGGGCUUGACCCAGCUGUCUCUUUUCUUUAUUGGAUGAUUCUUAAAGCAAAGGUAAUCCCAUGGGUUAUUUAUGGUUGGUGACAUUUUAAUAUUGCCAAUUCUUUGGAUCCUGUCCGUAUUUUUAAAAGAGAAUAGUCCCAAGUAUUGUGGAAAGUGCCACACAAGCCUGACCUGAUAUCGAGGCUCUUUUGUGUAUGUGUAUAUAUUAUGUAAAAUAUGAUAAAAUUUGUCAAAUGGUCUCUGAUCAGAUCCAAGCUCCAUCCAUGUUGGCCUCUGGAUUCCUGAGUCUUCUAAGUUUGCAGUUUGAUUAUGUGUCACGAAUGAUCUUUCUUGAGUGUCUGAGAUCAUUCUUAUCUGCUUUAUUUUAAUCUUUAAUCCCAAGUAGUAAUUGGUUCAAAUAUCUUUGUAUUUGCUUGAAAUGUUUCAUGAGUCUCUCCUGAGAGAGUUAGUGUUUUGUCUGAUCCGUGGAAAUUUUGAAAAACAGCUUCUCAUCCUUUGACACAGCGACAAGUAACAUUUUAACAGUUGCUUAAAUUGUGCUGCUAUGGGAAUUAUUCAGACUUGCCAACCAGUGCCAUUUGAUUAAUUUAGUGAAUUUUACUGAGUUGAAAGAUUUUAGACAGAAAAAUAGUUGCUUUUAUUGGGCCUUUUGUACUUGCCUUUUUAUGGAUCAAUAGUAGAUUCCACCAUUUAAGACUGCUGAAAUAGUCAGAUCCACAGUAUUUUGCUUUUAUAUUUAAGAAUGCUAAUUGGCUGGAACUCUUGUAGACGAAUGCUGGUUAAGGUAGUAAUAAGAUAUGAUUGACUGCUGUAGAGUCCCUAAAUUUUCCUCCACACUUUGUAAAACAUGGAUGAAAGGUAGGUUAGCAUUUCUGGCAGAACUCCUUCAUCAGGUCAGCUGUGGAACUUAGUGGUGUUUAUGCCAUUUUAGUCUGAAUUAUUUGAUGUAUCCACAAGGGGUAGUCCUGUCCUAACGUGGAUGAGAUCUAGCUCUGGAAUAUUAUUACACUACAUAGCAGGUUUUGAUUUUAGGCGAUGAAAUUGCACACUUACAGAUUUGAAAAUAUUAAGGGCUAAGUUGUAGAGUUAUGCAGAUUAAAAAAAGUCUCAGCUUCCUCUUUAGUAUGUAUUACACACAAUGUGGGUUAAUUGAGACUACAGUUACCCUACCAUGUUGGACAAAAGGUCAAACUGCUCAAUAGGAUCCAUUCUGGGGGAACAGAACUAAUGGUUGAUCCUGGUGGCCCUGAUUCAAAUAGAGCACUUUUCCUUGUAGUAUCUUUUACUGAGAGUUAAGUAUAGCCCUUCUGGGGAAAGCAUUGAUGUGGCUAACAUUACUGCUGUUUUUUUGAUAAGCUCUAUUGUGCUUGCUUGCAAAUAAAUGAUUAGUAAGACGUUUUUGAUGAUGACAGCUCACACCAACAAGUGACUCAGAGCUGCCAGAUCUGAAGAGGCCGCUGAUAUAUUGGCACUGUGGCCAGCCGCCAGUUCUAAUACGCACUGGGUAAGAGGUGCCAAUGCACUUGGGUCUGGACUAUAUACCUUGGUGCUACCUCUGUGUAUGUGCAAUGCUUUUAACUGGGUGAAGUGGAUUCUCAUUACAGACAAGAAAUGAUGAUUAAAAAUGGGGAAGGUCCUUGCAAUGAAGGAGGAUUUAGGUUUUAAUUUGUUUGUGUGCUAAAACCCACAAAUCCAGAUGUUUCUCCCCCUGUCAGUCUUGGCCAACAUGCAGCAGCACUGCAGCCUGACUCAGACCCAGCAGCUGCACUGCUGGCUUGUCUCAUCAACACGCUGGUUACUCUGAUGUUUUGCCCCAGUGCUCAAGGGCUUAGUUGAGAAAGAGUCCCCACAAAUAUUUCUCAAACUUCAAUAAUGUUUGUUUAGCCAAGUUAAACCUGGAAACACAGUUUUAUACACGUGGCCUGUACCAUAUAAGGCCUCAAACUAAUAAAUAUUGCAUCUAAUCAUUGAGGGAGACUUUUUACAUUUUGAAUGGUCCAUGCUAUGGUAGCUUGAUCAUGAAUCAUUAAUAGAAAAAAGCUCAUUUUGGAAAUAUACACAUUAAAAUAGAUACAUUUAAGAUAAAUCUUUGAAGUUCUUAAGCAAAUGCCCAGUGCACAUUCUCAAUUAUGGUGUCAUAGAUUGAGCUGAGAGGAAGUCUGGGGUUUUCAUGUACUAAAUAUUGACAUCCCACUCAUGCAACAGUGAACUAUUUUUCACCAUCUGGUUAUCUUAUCCCCCUCAACUGGUCACAUGGGAAAAUUCAGCUGUGCCUCAGUUAGUGGUUUGCAGUGACCGACAUGCACACAGAGAGAUUCUGACUGUUGUCAGUAAGGGUGACCAAGGAAAGACUUGUAUUUAUAGAGUUGUAGAGUCAUAGAGUUAUACAGCAUGGAAACAGGCCCUUCGGCCCAACUCAUCCAUGCCAACCAAGUCGCUUACCUAAGUUAGUCCCAUUUGCCUGCAUUUGUCCCAUAUCCUGCUAAACCUUUCCUAUUUCUGUACCUAUCUAAAUGUCUUUCAAAUAUUGUGAUUGUACCAGCAUCCACCACUUCAUCUGGCAGCUUAUUCCAUAUACCCAUCACCUGUGUGUGUAAAAAACAAAAAGUUGCCCCUCAGGCCCCCUUUAAAUCAUUCCCCUCUCACCUUAAACCUAUGCCCUCAAGUUUUAGACUCCCCUACCCCGGGAAAAAGCCUGUGACCAUUCUCCUUAUCUAUGCCCCUCAUGAUUUUAUAUAUCCCUACAAGGUCACCCCUCAGUCACCUACGCUCCAGGGAAAAAAGCCACAGCCUAUCCAGCCUGUCCUUAUAACUCAAGCCUUUCAGACCCAGGAACAUCCUCGUGAAUCUUUUCUGCACCCAGUCUAGCUUAAUGACAUCCUUCUUGGCAUGCUUGGCGACCAGAUCUGCACAUAAUACUCCACGUGCGGUUUCACCAGUGUCUUGUACAGCUGUAUAUCUUGUACAAGAUUUGAGUAUUUAUAUGGCUCCUUUCUCAGUUUGAGCAUCACUAAUAGUUUUAUAGCCAAUGAAGUACUUCUGAGGUACAGUCACCAUUGUGAAAUGCCAGCCAAUGCAUACACAACAAGUUCCCACCAACUGUGAUGCACUAAUGACCAAGUUAUAUGAACUUUAGUGAAAAUGAUUAAGGGAUAAUAUUGGCUAAUACACAAUGGAGGACUUUGAUUGGAUGUCUCGAGGAACAGUCAGGAAAAUAGUUAAAUACUUCUUUUGGAAAUUUAAGAUUUAGAAUUUGUGUUGUUAGUGCUGGUGCUUUGUGGGGUUCAUUGAAUUUCUCAUUGCCAUCAAAAAUAGAAAUGGAAAAGUUUGAUUUUCAGACUGUCAAAAUUGUUUAACGUGAGGCAAAAUGCAAAUGAUUGUUAAGCUGAACAAACCUGAAAAUAAUUACUAAACUUAUAGGUGCCAAUAGUUAAAUUGUGCAUUUGAAUAUGGUUGAUUUUGUGACAUCUUUCAGAGCCAGAAUUUAUUCUAAUAGGCAAAAUGAUGCUUGCCGUUCCUCUUUGCAUUAUGUAUAUUACUUCACUCUUUUGUGAGAGGCAUCAUAACCAUUCUGGGUCAAAGGGAGAAGAAAGCUCGGAGAAACGUGAACUGGGAGCAAUCUUUUACCAUAUGCUCAACUCCACCAACCUGUACUUCAGCUUCAUUAUUGCAGGAUUUAUUAUAACUGAUCUUGACUUUAUGCAAUGGUUUUGUUCAAAAAUUUCUGCUGUAUUUUUGGUGUUGUAUAUGGUGUUCCCUGCCAGAUUCCAGCAGUUGACUGCUGGUGUGCCCUUUGUCGAGAGAAUCCAAAAUGUAGUCAGCCUGCUGUCAGACAGUGGAAGAUCAGUACAGAAGUAGGAACUGAAGCAAUUUUUCAUUGCUUGGGUCCAAGCACCAUCAUUGGCUUCAGUGUAAAUUAAUACUGCACUGUUAGAAAGUAAUCUUGAAGUAGUUUGGAUUAACCAUUCAUCCUGGUUCAUUUGAUCAGCAGUGUCUGGGAUUGGGGUCUACAAUGCCAGCCAUUGUAGAUCAUGAAUUCCUCUCAUUUGUGUUGUAGUGUAUGUGUGUUAAACUCUGCUUCUAAACUUUAACUUCAGUGGAACUGAAUUUCCAAAGCAAAGUUCAGCAUACAUAGGCUACUACAUCAGAGACUUGCGUAUGCACCUGAAGAGUUUGCACCUGAAACAUUACUCAGUCUUUUCAGUUCAGGAAUGCUGAUGGAAGUGCUGUUAUUUUAUAGUUUGGUUUUAUUUGAAUAACUCAUAUUUAUAGGGGUUAUAAACAAAUCUUUCAUGCUUUUUAAGUCCAGUUAACAGUUCUGAAAAACUGCUUUCCAUUAUAACAUCUAUGUUUUGAACCAUUUCUAAAAUAUUAACUAGGCAGCAUAAGUUUUAAAGAAAAUCUGUUUUUUUCAUUAUAUUAAUUCACCGGAUGAAGACAUUGCUGGCAAGGGCAACAUUUGUUGUUCUUUCCUAGUUCCCCUAUCAAGGUGCUGACAGGACUUUUGAGCCGCUAGAGCGAUUUUAUACAGCUGAGUAGCUUGCUAGGCCUUUAGAGUGCAGAUUUCUGUGAGACUGAACUCAUGUAAAUGGUAGGUUUCCUUCCCCAAGGAGAGCAGUGAACCAGUUUUUGCUUUUAUGUCAAUCUGAUAGAUCUGAGGUCAACUUUUACUGCUGCUGGCUUUAUUUUCAUGUUUCGUUUUAAGUGAAUUGAAUUUAUUACAGUACCAUGGUGGGAAAUGAACUUUCAUUUUAUCACUUGUCCAGUAAUAAAUAACCACAGCAUUACCCCAACCUGUCUACAUUCUGGCUUGUAGGCCUUGGUUCUUAGAGUUUCAAUUAACUUUCAGAAUUAGUAAAGCAAAAUUCCUUCUGUGCCAUCACCUCAGCUCCCAACCUCCUGUCCAUAUUUUCCCGUGUUUUAUUUUGAGCAUGUAUAAGGUAAGCUAACGUAAAAAUGUACUUUCAGUGCAAAAUAUGAUCACGAGACCCUUUAUUUUGUGCCCUGGGCCAUGGGGAAAGAUUGAACUCACUAUUCAAAAUGUGGUUGAAUGUCUUAACUUUUCGGGGCUGUCACUAUUCCAACAAGGUAGCAGGCAUUGGCAGGGUUCAGUCUUUAUUAGAACAUGAAACUAUGUCAUUCCAAGGGUUCCUGUUACCAUUAGCAACCGAUGGUUGAACAGAUUUCUGAGCCUAUUACUAUUUCUAAACGGUGAUGCCCGUGUGUUGUAUAUCUCAUAAUGGUUUGCUGUUGAAUUGUUGAAACUGAACGUUGGGCCAUCUCGCUGCACCUUACAAAAGGGGGUUGGUGCGUUAUUGGUAGCAAUAGAUGCCAAUAAGAACAUAGCUACAGGGAAAAAUAUAAUAAAACACACCAUGGGCCACCUGCAACUCAUUAUGUAUGUUCAGUGCAUUGCCUUGAGAUGGUGUAAAGAGAGUAGUAGUCCAAAGCACAAAUGAUGGCCAGUUUAAUUACAAUGUAUUGAGGAUGAAGUGGAGCCAUGUUCUGAGAGGUCAGUUUGUGGUGGGGGAUAGCAAUGGUUAAAAGGCUAGUAUUACCUAUUGCUCUAAAAGGAAAACAAUAGGGUGCCCAACAACAGUAAUUAGAAUAUUUUAUCUGUCUAUUAAAGAAUGAAACAAGUUUAAUAUGAAAUCUAAAGACUAACCCUUUUCAGGGGUUAGUCAGGUUUUGUUGCAGUGGUUCACCAAAUGCAUGUGACAGAAUGUGUUGAUGCACCAAAUGGUCAAGUUAAAUGUGCGUCAUGUGCUCUGCAUCAUGGUAGCACCUCUGUAGAGAUUGUUUGUGCUCUGUCACGUUAAGUAAAAGUGGUGUGUGUAAUUAUGUGGAAGGGUUUUACUGGCAAUGUUUAGUUUGUAUUGGGGUUCACGUUCCCAUCAGCUUCAUUGCUGACCAGUGUUCCCGGUGACUGUCCUGUUAGCCCCAGUCCACCUCUCCUUGUGAAACAGCUAUCAGUGCAGUCACUUCUCUGCCCACUGCUGAGUGUGGUUUAACACGUCCUGUGGUUGUAACAGGUGAAGUCACAUUUGUCUUUAUUUUAAUCGUAUGAACUCAGCAGCUCUUUGCAUGAUGGGCUAUAAAAUAUAGUAAAUUUUCAGGUUUCUAUGUGAAAAUACAUGAAGGAAGAUGCUUACUAAACAUAAACUUAUUUCUUAGCUCUGAGUACAAUGAUUUGAAAGAACUGGUUUAUUACUAUAGGUUCUGAAUGUUUGCUAACUGAUUCAGAUCCUACUAAAUUCACAUUGCAGCAGUGGUUAUUUUGAUGUCACUAUUGUUUCUUAUACUAGAGGAACAAUUGGCUUUCCCUUUGUAUUUUUACUAUUUUUGUUUCUACACUUGAUCCCAGAAUGCAUAGUCAGUCCGAUGUCUUCUCAUACUGUUGCCAGUACAUAUAUUAGAAAGAGUGCAUCUGCCCCAAUACAUCCUUCCACAUUUUAGUCUACAACCCAUGUUUUAUAAGUUCCAUUGUCUGUAUUUAGAAUGGAAAAUAUCUGUGUCAACCUGUCACACUGAGUUCGGCUUCCUAACAUUGACGGCACUGUGGUGUCUCAGUUUUACAGCAACAAGUCCCUUGGUGCUGAAGGGAAAUUCCUAACAAACUCGCGCUACACAAAUUGCCAGGAAUUUUGCUACAACUAUAACUAUUGUAAAUCAAAUUUUUUUAUUUAAAAUAAGGACAAGUUAUCUGAUUUUAAAAUUGUAUCUUAAUUGUCAGACCAUCCUGCUUCAGUUAUCUCUGCCCACUUUGUGUUCAAUAUCACAGCCCUUUCUCCUGAAGCAAAUAAAAGUGCAACACUUAAUGAAAUCGACAGAGCUGUUAACCAACAAGAAAAUUAGAUUAAAUCAGCAGACUGAUUUGUCUUUCCUGUGUCUUCCCCCUUGUCUCAUUUGUGCUUUAGAGAAAGUAAUUAUGUUUUUAAGAAAAACCAACUGAAACAUCAACAUUUCUUUGCAAUUAAAUAGUUCUGGAGAAUCUAAAAUGAAUUCUCACCCUGCUAAUGUCACAGGACAUUGCUACGUUACAGCUCAUUAGGAUAGAUUGUCUUCUACAGAUCAAAUCCUUCAUCCCAGGGGCAGUAAUAUGGACCUUUUUCUGUUCUGUUGAUUCUCUCACUGUUUUAAUGAAGCUAGUCUUGAAAAGAUAAAGAUAAAAAGCUGCUAAAGCAAUACUGCGCUUCUGCAAGCCAAUCAAACACUUGUAUAAAAGUUGCCUACAAUUACUCCCUGCGGAAUUGUUGCAACUAUAUCAGAAUAGAAGUAGAUAAUUGCUGGGAUGCCUUAGGGAUCAGGAGUAGGUCUUGCCAUGUUUGGAUUGUUAAUGAAUGAUUUGGAAUUGUACUAAUACAAAUUCUAUGCAUGGACAGAAAUCUACCGCUGGUAAGACACAACUAGAGGAAGUACAAAGCUAUCUGGACCGAUAAGGAAAUUUGGCUAUUGACAGGGAGAUAUAUAAUGUGACAAAUAAGUAGUGGAAUUAAACAAGCUUGUCAUAGGAUUAAGAAUAGGACAGCCACUUGAGAAGGACACUUGCUCUACAAUGGAGUGUACAACUCACGUAAAGGUGGCAAACAAGAUUUUAAAGGGAGGCUGAAAUUUCCCUGGGGAAAUGAGCUUGUACAGAGCCCUGGGGAUUGGCAUGAGUAGGCACAAUAUUACCUUUACCUUGAUGACUAAUGUAUAUUAAUUGCUCUUUUCCAGACUCAUGUUUUUAUUCUUUAAAUAUGGACUAAGUUUAACAUUAAAUAGGAAGUGAGGAAGAAAGAUUAUGGUAGUUUUGUUGAGCAAACAUCUUCCUUUGCCAGUGCUUGUGUUGUGUUCUUUCUGCUAAAUUUUAUGAAGACUGCACCAAAUUGUAAGCAGUUCUGAGCUCUUUUGGUAUGGAUGCAAUGCAUCAUGGGUAAUAUUGAUUAUGCUAAUGGAAGCCAUUGAUUUGUACCUUUUUGAAAUUUGUUAUUGAUCAAUAAAAUUGUUUGUCUACCCUC